ACGUCAGCCGUCCGUCCAGCAGUGCUAAAGCUAAUGCUAGUGCUAAGGCUAAUGCAGGCGGAGUGUUGACACCGCUGCUGUUUUCAGGAUAAUCUCCGUUUCUGUCUCUUUCUGCUCGGGUUAUUCUUGCAGCUCCUGUACACUGAUUCAUUGUUUCACCGCACUGGGAGAGGGCCGCCCGAAUCCGCCACCAUGAAAUGGAUGUUUAAAGAAGAUCAUUCUCUGGAGCACCGGUGUGUGGAAUCGGCCAAAAUCCGCAACAAGUACCCUGAUAGAGUUCCAGUUAUUGUAGAGAAGGUGUCUGGCUCUCAGAUCGUGGACAUCGAUAAGCGGAAGUAUCUCGUCCCCUCGGACAUCACGGUGGCUCAGUUCAUGUGGAUCAUCAGGAAACGAAUCCAGCUGCCCUCAGAGAAAGCCAUCUUUCUUUUUGUCGACAAAACUGUCCCUCAGUCGAGUCUGACCAUGGGGCAGCUAUAUGAAAAAGAGAAGGAUGAAGACGGCUUUCUGUAUGUGGCCUACAGCGGAGAAAAUACCUUUGGUCUUUAAAGCCUUUGAAUUAACAGCCCCGCCUACUACUACCACACAGACCCCACCCUUUCACAACAUGCCCCGCCCAUUCCCAACUCUCUGAUGUUUUCCUGCGGACGAGCACAACUGUGUUGCUAAAAAAAUGUCAAAGUGUGGAUGACCCAUUCUUCACAUUAGUUAUGAAACCCUCUGCAUCUGUACCUCUAGUGUCAUCCACAUCAUAUCCUAUUAUUCUGAAACACAGUAGCAUUAGAUCCACCUAUUAAGCGAUAUUUUUGUGAAUGGCAUUGCAGUAUUAUUAUUAUUAUAUUAUUAUUAUAAUUAUUAGAGGUGCUUAAUAUUGUUGUUUUAAGCGAUAAUAUACAGUAAUAACUUUUAAAGUUUUAAUUUAUCUUUUUUCCCUGUAUAAAAAUAUAUUUAAGAAAAAUAUUUAAAAGGUAAGGUAGCUGGAUGACCUAACCAAUAAUAAAAAAAAAACACACAAGCA